UAAAAGUUGAAAACGCUCACAAAGCCCUACGUCUGGACAUGUAGCCCGUCUACGGCAAGGGUCCCAAAUUCCCAAUCCGAUAUACCGCAAGUCCGUAAAUUCGGAAAAAUGCCGAGCAAGAAGAAGAGGAGGAGGCAGCCGGAGCGACCCAUGAUCCAUCCCCGAAACAAGUACUCGGAAAACCCACCCGAUUUCGCGCUUUUGGCGUCCCUCUAUCCUUCCUUCCAGUCCUUCGUCUUCUACACCCGCGAUGGUCGCCCCAGAAUCGACUGGACUGACUUUAACGCCACCCGAGAGCUCACCCGUGUUCUCCUCCUCCACGACUAUGGCCUCCAGUGGUGGAUUCCUGACGGGCAGCUCUGCCCUACAGUGCCCAACAGAUCCAAUUAUAUCCAUUGGAUCGAAGAUCUUCUCGCAUCUGACAUUAUUGUCAGGAAUAAUAACAGUAAAGAAAAUGUGAGGGGUUUUGAUAUAGGAACUGGAGCUAACUGCAUUUACCCCCUUCUUGGUGCAUCUCUUCUUGGGUGGAGUUUUGUGGGGUCAGACUUCACCGACAUUGCACUAGAGUGGGCUAGGAAAAAUGCUAAAAAUAAUGCACAUAUUUCACAACUUAUUGAAAUUAGAAAGGUUGAAAGUUGUGACGAUAAUUCAGUGGAAGAGUUACAUGAUGGUGAGUUGCUCUCUUGCGAAAGCAAAACAGAGUCGAGUGCAAGAAAGGUUACGGAGGAAGCGGUUCCUUUGCACUUAACUUCAUUUGAUCCGCUUGCUGAUGCAAACAAGAGGUAUCAGGGACCACCUGUACUUCUUGGUGUGGUAAGGGACGGCGAGAAGUUUGACUUCUGCAUGUGUAAUCCUCCAUUUUUUGAAACCAUGGAGGAAGCGGGACUGAAUCCAAAAACUUCUUGUGGUGGCACUCCAGAGGAGAUGAUUUGUCCUGGUGGGGAGAAGGCUUUUAUAACCCUUAUUAUUGAAGAUAGUGCUGUUUUGAACCAGUCUUUUCGGUGGUACACUUCAAUGGUUGGGAGAAAGUCAAACCUCAAAUCUCUUAUAUCAAAGCUUCGGGAGGUUGGGGUCACCAUAGUAAAGACUACUGAGUUUGUCCAAGGCCAAACAUGUCGAUGGGGGCUUGCUUGGUCCUUUGUCCCUCCAGCGAGGAAGAUAGUAUCACCGCAUGUGGCUGAGAAGAAUAUAAUUUCUUUCAUGCUUGAGGGGCUUCAACGCCAAUUCAGUGCAAUCCAUGUAUUGCAAUCAAUUGAGUCUUUCUUCCGUACUUGUGGCGCAUCCUCUGAAUUGAAUGCCUCCUCAUUUACAGUUGAUAUUACCGCAUCGAAUGAUCACUGUAAAGCAAUACUUAACAAUGAGUUACAAGCUAUUGAUGAAGCUACAAGUUGUGAACAUGUGCCAGAGACAUCUAAUAGUUCAAGCAGUCUGCACCCUCAUUCAAAUGGCUUAGGUUUUCGCAUUUCGGUUUAUCAGCAAAUCCCGGGUACAUUACUGGUGAAAGGAUCACUACAGCAUAGAGAUAACCCAGUCUCAGGAGCAUUCUCAUUGAUAAUUCAAAGACUAGAGGAAGAUUUGAAAUUUAAAUUUUGUAGAUGAAAGGAUACCGUAGAUUUUGCCAGUGUGAACAGGUUACUACAAUAACAUUCUAUUUGAGCAGCAAUGCAUCUUGUAUCUUCUUUUUCUUUUGUUAUAAACUGUUGUGCAUUGUCUCAAUUGGCUUGUUUGUCUUCUCUGUCA